AUGCAGAAGUUGAGAGCCACCACCAAGCUUUUGCCAUAUCUUUCUUCUGCAGACAAAGGUUCUUCUGCGUCUUCUGUUGUUGCUCAUCAUCAUUCUUUAACAAAAAGGCCUUGCUUUGGAACUCUUUCACCUUCUUCACCAUCCUUGCCUGGCUUUCACAAAGAUUCAAAAGAUAAAGUUCCACACUUGAUUCAAGCCAUGUCGGUUUCAACGAAUUCAUCCUCCGUUGCACAACAAGCUGUGCCUGAAAAUGAAGUCGAACAGGUUGAGUUGCUUGCUGCAGUUGAUAAUUCAUAUGGAGGAGUUGUUGUGGACGUGACCGAACCUAUGGAUUCUGCGGUUUUCACUUCCUUGCUUCAGGCUUCCAUAUCGCAAUGGAGGCAAAAGGGGAAGAAGGGCGUUUGGAUCAAAUUGCCUAUCGAACGGUCAAAUCUUGUUGAUGCCGCAGUUAAGGAAGGAUUUAGGUACCACCAUGCUGAAUCAGAUUACUUAAUGCUUGUACGUUGGAUUCCCGAAACUGAUGAUAGACUCCCUGCAAAUGCUUCGCACAGAGUGGGCAUUGGCGCUUUUGUCAUGAACGGUAACAGAGAGGUGCUUGUGGUUCAGGAGUUAAGUGGCAGAUUCAGCAAUACAGAUGUGUGGAAGAUGCCAACUGGGGUUGUCAAUGAAGGUGAGGAUAUCUGCAAAGCUGCUGUUAGAGAGGUUAAAGAAGAGACAGGAAUUGAUACAGAGUUCGUGGAGGUUUUAGCAUUUAGGCAAAGCCACAAGUCAUUCUUUCAAAAGUCAGAUUUGUUCAUUGUUUGCAUGUUGACCCCAACAUCGUUCGACAUCCAAUUGCAGAACUUGGAGGUUAAGGCAGCCCAGUGGAUGCCAUAUGCGGACUACGCAGCUCAACCCUUUGUUAAGGAAAACAAACUCUUUGACAAUAUAGCAAAAAUAUGCUUGGCAAAAUCGGACAGGGACUAUGUCGGUUUUACUGCGCUGGCUACAACUACAUCCUCUGGAAAAAGUUGCCACCUGUACUAUAACAGCCGGGAUAUGGGAAACCUACUGGCUACCGGUGAUCCUCAGUAGAAACGUUGACCUCUAGUCUGAUAAUAUGCCAAAAUAGAGUUAAUUUCUUGAUAUAUUCAUCUCCCAAUCGGAGGAUUUAUAUAGGAAUACAAGCAAUGAUGAUCAGGUAUGAAACCAGUACAAGAAGUUAUAAAAAACUGCUAUGAAACUACUGCCUAUAUCUAAAUUUACUGCUUACAACUACUCUAUUAAGUACAAUGGAUUUCUGCUUACAACUACUCUAUUAAGUACAAUGGAUUUCAUGUCUGAUUUCCUAAUUCUUUA